AGUGAAUGGCUAAGCUGGAAAGAAAAAAAAAGCAAAAACUGCGUAAAAUAAACACAAAAAUUGCAAUAUUUAAACCAAUUUGCCAUUUAUUUAAGUACGGAUAACAAAUAACAACUGCAAUGAGCCACUCUGCCCUGGCCAGCUUGACGGCACAGUACACGGACUCGGACAACGAGAGCGACUCCAGUCCAGAUUCACAAAACUCAACAGCGUCUCAGGUAAUUAUACCAAAGCAGGCAACUCCGACGCCUUUGACGCCCGCUAAGCCGGAUGCGGAGCCCGCUAAAAAAUCUAAGAAAAAGAAGCCGUCAAAUAAAUUGAGGCGUCUAGUGAGCUACCAGGAUGACACCUUAAUCUCCGACGAAGAGGAGGAUCAUGCGCACGAGUCCAGCGAGGAGGAGGAGGGGGAAUCGUCCUCGUCUAGCGAUACUGCCAACUCGGAGGCGGAGACGCAGCACGAGGAGAAGAGUCGCGCCAAGGGAGGCGAAGGCGGCGCCGAGGCUCGCGUGGAACGCAUGCACGAUGAGGCUUCCAAUACCUACAACGCCGAGGAGCGUUCGGCGGAGAGUUACGAGAAGGAUCCCAAAUAUGCCAAAUACAAAUUUCAAUUGCCGCCAGAGCCGAAGGGGAAUCCGCCGCCAGAAUUGGUGGCAAAGAUCACGAAAAUGUAUACGAAAAUGCGGCAGACGAAUAUGGACAUGAAUCGUGUCAUUCAGGAUCGCAAGGAGUUCCGCAAUCCCAGCAUAUACGACAAGCUCAUCAGUUUCUGCGACAUCAACGAGUUCGGAACGAAUUAUCCGCCAGAGAUUUAUGAUCCGCUGCAGUGGGGCGAGGAGAGCUUCUAUGAGGCAUUGUCUGCGGUGCAGAAAACGGAGAUGGUCAAGCGACAGAAGGAUCGCAAGGACAUGGACAAGGUGGAGCAGGCAACGGCCCUGGCCCGUAAAGUGGAGGAGGAGGCCAAAAAGCGCAAAUCUAAGUGGGACCAGCCGGCACCAAAAGCAACCCUUCCUGCGUUGACCACCACGGUGACGGGCACCAAGGGCACCGUUAUAUCAGCUUUCGGCUCACUGCCCAAGAAACCAGCUGUCUAAUUUUCAACAACACAACUUCCGAAUAAAAACUACUCAUAAAA